UAAAAAAAUGGCGGGAAAGCUUAUGCCCUGGAAAACUCAUACUAGUAGUUUCGAUUUCUCUCUCCCCUUUUCAUCAUCGUCAUCCAUGGAUCCCGAUUCCGACUCCGACUCCGACGGCUCUCACAUCUCAUCAACACCACCCAGACAUCUCCCAUCGCCACCUCCUCCGCCGCCACCGCCGCCGCAACUACCACCACGGCCGCCCACUCUUCGUUCCUCCAACAAAUCCAAAAUAAAGCUCAAACCCACAAUUUCCCACCAAAAACCCAUUUCAAAACCUAAACCAAAACCACCAUCAAAUUCCAACCCUAAAAAACCCUUUCAAUCAGACCCAUCACCUAUCCCAAUUCCCUCUCCAGACCUCUCCGACCUACCAUUCCAAAUCCGCCGCCCAUCCGAUGAGAAUCAAGUGAUUUCUGCUGAGAAUUCCAUUAACAAUGUUCAAGCCGGUGGUUUGUUCUUGUCGAAGUUCGCAUCGUUCUCGAAGAUUCGAAGACCGACCCUCAACUUAGAGUCUAUCGAGAUUGAUACACCAAAGCCACCUCAAGCUGAGAUUGAAGCGAUUGGUGCUGGAAAUUUGGAUAAGGUUUUGAAGAGACAUCCUAAUUUGAUUGGAGGAAGUAAUGUUCAUACAGUGCCAGUGAAGAAGCUGAAAAAAUGUAGUAAUGAAGGUAAUUUUGUGAGGCUAAAUAUUAAUGGCUAUGGAAGCAAGUACAAAUCCAAGUUCAAGUCAAAAUUCAAGGGGAAACGAAAGAGUUACUAUGUAUCAAGUGGUGGUAGAUCGUUUCGAGGGAGCAAGAGGAAAUCAAAAAAUGGUGGUGAGGUUGAGAAUGAAGGUUUUUGUGAGGAAGAUGGUUUGGAUACACAACAGGUGGGUAAGAGACCAAGAUUUGAAAUUAAUGAAGAAUUGUUGGAAGAGGCUGUGAUGGGUGUUCGAAAUGAGGCGUCCAAUGAGAAUUUACUGAAGUUGUUGAAGCUCACACACGGGUACGAGUCGUUUCGUGAUGGGCAAUUGGAAGCAAUCAAAAUGGUGCUUUCUGGAAAAUCUACGAUGCUGGUUUUGCCGACGGGUGCUGGGAAAUCAUUGUGUUAUCAGUUACCGGCUUUGGUCUUACCGGGGAUUACCAUUGUUGUGAGUCCUUUAGUGGCAUUGAUGAUUGAUCAACUUAAACAGCUUCCUUCAAUGAUUGAGGGUAGUCUUCUUUGUAGCACUCAGACACCUGAAGAAAUGUUUGAAACACUGAGGAUGAUACAAGAAGGAACCAUAAAGGUGCUUUUUGUGUCACCAGAGAGGUUUUUGAAUGCAGAAUUUAUAUCAAUAUUUUCUGCCACUCCACUUAUAUCACUUUUGGUGGUGGAUGAAGCUCACUGUGUUUCUGAAUGGUCACAUAAUUUCCGGCCUUCGUAUAUGAGGCUCAGGGCAUCCUUACUCCGUGAUAUGCUUAAUGUUCAGUGCAUUCUUGCAAUGACUGCAACUGCAACCACCAAAACUUUGAAUGAUGUAAUGUGUGCUCUGGAGAUUUCCCCAACGAAUCUCAUCAAGGCAAGCCACUUGAGGGACAACUUACAGUUGUCAGUUACUUUGAGCAGAAAUAGAAUGAAGGAUCUGAUGAUGUUAAUCAAGUCUUCCCCCUUUGCGGAAGUUCAAAGCAUUAUUAUAUACUGCAAAUUCCAGUAUGAAACUGAUUUGAUAAGCAAAUACUUAAGCGACAACAAUAUUCAAGCAAUGAGUUACCACAGUGGUAUACCCUCAAAGGAUCGAAGUCGUAUUCAGGAAUCAUUUUGUUCCAACAAGAUAAGAGUGGUUGUUGCAACUGUGGCAUUUGGCAUGGGGCUUGACAAGAGUGAUGUUGGAGCUGUUAUCCAUUACACUUUACCAGAAAGCUUGGAAGAGUAUGUUCAGGAGAUCGGACGUGCUGGACGCGAUGGUAGAUUAUCUUAUUGCCAUCUCUUUUUUGAUGAUAGCACAUAUUUUAAGCUUCGUAGUCUAACAUAUAGUGAUGGUGUGGAUGAAUAUGCAGUCAGCAGAUUCCUCUCUGAAGUUUUUACUAAUGAAUUGGAUUCACAUGGGAAAGUUUGCUCUUUAGUCAAAGAGCCUGCAUCGCGUAAAUUUGAUAUGAAAGAAGAGGUGAUGCUGACCAUUCUAACACAUUUGGAGUUGGGUGAAGUGCAGUACUUGCGUCUGCUUCCACAAACAAAUGUAACCUGCACCAUAAAUUUCCAUCAGACUACCCCUGCAUUGCUUGCUGCUAAGGAUAUUGUGAUUGCAGCAAUUCUGAAGAAGUCUGAUAUUAAGCAUGGGCAAUAUGUGUUUGACAUUCCCACUGUGGCAAAUAUCAUUGGGGUUUCAUCUAUUGACAUAUUAAAUCAAUUGCAGAAGCUAAAGUCAAAAGGAGAGAUCACAUAUGAAAUGAAGGAUCCAGCCUAUUGCUAUACCAUUGUGGAUGUCCCAAAGGAUUUUUGCUCUCUCACAGCACACCUUACAAAGUGGUUAUCUGAGGUUGAAAGUUGCAAGGUGCAGAAAAUGGAUGCAAUGUUUAAUGCUGCAGCUUUUGCGGUGCAACUGUGUAAGAAGAUAAACGGUUGCAAUGAUUCCCAACAUACACCAUGCUUGCAAAAGAAGAUUUUGGAAUAUUUCAAUGGAUAUGAUGAUAGUGAUGUACCUAAUAAGAUGGAUCAAAGCAGUCGCUUCUUACGAGCAGAUAUAAAGGUCUUUUUGCAGAGUAAUUCUCAAGCCAAAUUUACUCCCAGAGCUGUUGCAAGGAUAAUGCAUGGCAUCGCCAGUCCAGCCUAUCCUUCAGCAACUUGGUCUAAAACCCAUUUCUGGGGAAGGUACACACAGACAAACUUUCAAGUGAUAAUGGAAGCGGCAAAGGCUGAGCUCAUGAAUUUUGUCACAAAAGAUGUAAUAUAGUAUUUUGCAUUCAUUGCGUGACGUACGCAACAAGAGCCAAUUUGGCCAACUACUUCCAGACAUUGUGUGAUGCAGAAUCAGCCAAUAGUAUCUUUGAGCCAAAUUGUGUCGUUCUGAUUUUCCCAGAUAAUGAACUUCUAGUGCUAACUUAUAAUGGGUUGCAGUAAUCGGAGGCUUAAGACAAUGGAUGUACAAACCAGAGAUGCAGAGCCAGAAAGGGAGAGAGAAAUGGUGCAGUGAUUAAGCGAAAGCGUCCAUGGGAGUGGAAGAAUGGCAUACCACCAUGCUCAAGUUAGCCUCUUGACCUUUCCCGUCAUACAUUUGUCCCAACAUUAUUCCCCCCAUCAUCGAAGUUGAAGAUCUGAAGUCAUAAAUUUAUUUCCUUCACUUUUGUUUCCCUACUUCCUGGACCUAUAGUCUUGAUUUGUGGCACCAUUGUAUAAUAAUUACAUUGCGAACUGCAAUGCACAUCAUUAAAAAAAUGCAUUUUUUAGAUCA